CUCAGCCAUGAUGUGCCCUCAAACCAUGAGCAAAUAACCUUUCCCUAAGUUAAUAUCUUCAGAUAUUUUAUCAUGGCAAUGGGAAGAUAACAAAUACACAGAAAAUUUUGCAGCCAAGUUAAAAUUAAUGCAAUGACAUACGACAGUAGAAAUGUCAUUGUGUCUUGCUAUUUCAACAGCAAUAAAGCUGCUUCAUCCUGCAGUAUAUUUUUUUGUUCAUUCUCCUAGUCACACUACCUUUAGGUUAGACUUACACAUUAAAACAAACACCUUCCUCAGAGCAUUUCACUGGCUGUUCCUUCUGCAAGGCACAUACUCCAUUAGGUAACAUAGCUCCCUAUUAUCUUUCUAGGGGUCUCUUUUCUCUUGUCUUUUUUUUUUCACCCACAUGCUCAGUACAAAAUAAAUCUCCCUAUAUACCAUCUCCUAUGUAGCUUUGUUUCCUUUCAUAGUAACUGUCACCAACUUACAUCUUUCUUACACUAUCACUUUAAGUAUUUAUUUGUUUUUAUUUGUUUGUGUUAUUUCAUCCUCAUGUGAUUUGAGAAACAUUUGUAUUCUGCACUGACCAAUUCUUUCCUGAGAAUUGGCUCCUAUACUAUCAUAACUAAUUUAUAUUCCCAAAUGUAUUCAAAAGAGAUAGUUAGCAUUUAAAAUUCAUGACCAUUCAAAACUCAGCCAGGAAAAGGCAGAGUGUGGUAUGAAGUUUUUAAAUCAGAUGUGAGAUGUUGCAAACUAUUGCAGAUCCUAUUCAUAUCUAAAGUCUGCAAUUCAAGUCUUGGAUACAGGUUUCUCUAAGGUUUCACAAUUGUGUCAUGUAUUUUCAUGCCCUCUCUCUUUUCCUUAGUUACAUCCACUAAAUGGGGCCAGAGAAUGACUCACAAAUUUUACAUUUUCUCCUUCUUGGAAUUUCAAAGAACCCCAAACUGCAGCCUUUCUUAUUUGUGCUGUUUCUGGCCAUGUACUUGGUCACCAUGCUUGGGAACCUGCUCAUCAUCCUGGCAACAAUUUUAGGUCCCCAUCUGCAUACACCCAUGUAUUUCUUCCUGUCCAACCUAUCGUUUGUGGAUGUCUGCUUCACUUCUACAACUGUCCCGAAGAUGUUGGUGAAUAUACACACACAAAGUAAUGUCAUCACAUAUAGAAACUGCAUUGCCCAAAUGCAUUUCUUUAUACUCUUUUCAGGGCUGGAAAUCUUUCUGCUGACUUUGAUGGCCUAUGACAGAUAUGUGGCCAUCUGCCACCCUCUGCAUUAUACUGUCAUCAUGAGCCCUCGACUCUGUGUGCUGAUGGUCCUAGCAUCCUGGAUCAUGAAUAUCCUUCAUUCCACAACACAAAGCUUAAUGACAUUGCGACUCUCCUUUUGUACCAACUUGGAAAUUCCACACUUUUUCUGUGAACUUAAUCAAGUUGUACACCAUGCUUGCUCUGACACCCUUCCCAACGAUGUGGUUAUCUAUUUGGCAGCUGUGCUGUGGGCUUGCUGUCCCCUGAUGGGCAUCCUUUACUCUUACUGCAAGAUAGUUUCCUCCAUUCAUGCAAUUUCAUCACUGCAAGGGAAGUACAAAGCAUUUUCGACGUGUGCAUCUCACCUAUCAGUUGUCUCUUUAUUCUAUUGCACAGCCCUGGGUGUUUACCUCAGUUCUGCUUCAACAGAAAAUUCACAGUCAACUGCAAGAGCCUCCGUGUUGUACAGUGUGGUCACUCCUAUGCUGAACCCCUUCAUCUACAGCCUUAGGAAUAAAGAUAUAAAGAGGGCACUGAGAAACAUAUUGGGAUGGAAGGAAUAGAAUAUUCCUUUACUUGGGUGCUGAACAUGAUUAUGUGUCCAUGAUCACACAGCUCAGAGUUCUCUGAUGGGAUCUUGAAAGUGGAAUGUGCUUCCUCUGUUUUAUCACUGGAGUUUCUCAUUCUUUGUUUUCAGCUUCUCUAUACAAUUCAAUCAGGGGAUCCACUUUAUCACUGUCUGCAUUCACUAUAACAUUCAUUUCUCUCUCUUUUGUCCUUUCCCAAAUUUCCCAACAUUUUUCUCAAUCUUUGAAUCAAGAAAUAUUCAUAAAUCCUCACUGAUCACAGAGAAUAACGUUUAGAAAUAAUUUCCUUGCAAGGGACAUGUGUCAGACUUAGAAUUUUUAAAUUUUUAUUUAUUAUUCAUGCAUGUGUGACUGUAUAAUACAUACAUGCUGACCCACAUGCUGUGACUAACAUGUGGAGGUCAGAGAACAUUUUUGUGGAGUCAGUUCUCAUUUCUCACUUUUGUAUAAGUUCCAAGGAUUGAAUUCAAGUCAUCAGAAUUUCCCCGCAACUGUCUUUACCUAUUUUGCUAUCCCUAGACUCAGUAAUUUAAUAAACAAUCAGAUACUAGAGUGUUUCAGUGGUCUGUUUAUCAUUCCAUGGUGUCUUACUAAUAACUAUCUUUCAUAAUAAUAUAAACAAUAAUAUAUUGGCAUGUGUAAUGGUUUGUAACUAGAUUUUGUUCAUAUAUCUAGGAUCCCAUAUCUAUUUUGACACAAUGUCUGUAGUUCCUACCAUAAUGUCUGGUAAAUGACCUAAGGGUUGUCUAAUCCAUGUCCUUUCAGAGGCAAAUUUUUGUGUGUGUAUGUGCAUGCUCACACAUGUGCUUGCAAUAUAGAGAUAAUUUUCAGUGUUAAUAUUGAUAUGUAAAUGGUAAACAUAUUAGUGUUAUAUUCUGCUUUUUCCUUAUGCAUUCAUCCAAUAAAUAAUCACUCAGGUGGAUCCCCUACCUUAAUUACUAUGAAUAUUGCACAAUAAGCAUGUGUAAGUUUUUUUCUUUGUUGAUUUCAUUUCCUUGUUCCCACAGUUACUAUCAUAGAUAUGACAUUGUACCAUAAUUUUUCUUGAUGUUGCCAUUGGAAGAGCUGAGUAAAGAAUUUCUUUCCAUCAUUUCUUAUUACUAUAUGUUCAGCUGUAAUUUUUGCAAAAUAACAAAAUAAAAUACAAUGUGGUACAUGAAAAAUUA